AUGCCAUCUCUUCUCACUCCAAUGUCCGCUGCUGCAAUCACUGUGAAUCAGCAGCAUCAGUCCUCAACUAACAUGCUACCUCAAUGGCGCAGCCACUUCCAGGGCUCCACCACCCCUCCCGCCCAGCAAUCAGGCACUACGACCGCGUCCUUGGCUAAACUGGAGACCUCUUCCCUCUCUUCAUCAACCCACAGCAGUGGUACUGUUUCUCCCCACAUUCAUACAACCAACGGUCAGCCACAUCCCACCGUCCCAAACGCAGACGCUCUGGGCAUUUUCCGAGGUCUUCAGGACAGAUCGAUAGCUGUUAAUCAGAUGCAUUACGCGACGGCGCUGGCUGCGACUCUUGCGGCUGUGGCGUCCAACGGGCUGCCGAAAUCUCUACCACCAUCCGCCCUCUCAAACGGCAUUCAUCUAUCUGGCGACUUUAUUGGCAGAUCCUCUGGCGAUCUUCAGACAAGAGGGACCUUCGGACCUCUCACUUCCGCUUCCGGCCUCCACCCACCGCCACCACCCCCUCCUCCACCUCCACCGCCGUCAUACUUUCGGAUGAACACGGAGUUGAAUGCCUUCAUGAAGAGGGUUCAGGAGGAGGAAGCAGAGAUCAAGAAGCAUGACUGUCCCAAGGCAGAGCUUGCAGAGCCGGAGUUGUGGAGAGCUUUCCAUAAAAUGACUACGGAAAUGGUGAUAACAAAGUCAGGGCGGUGA